AUCACGAUCUUCUCAUUGACCAACUCAAACUUGGACGUGGAGUUCAUUUAGUUUUGUUUGAAGUGAAAGUCAUCGGAUAGCGAAGAAACUUCUUCGAGGGGUUUCUUUUCUUGAUACUUCAUAAUCGUUAAAUUCUUGUUUGCUUUGAAGAGAAGGUCAACAGAGCCUUGCUGAACAAAUGAAUUCAACCGGGAAUCAAACUGCUCCUUUGACACCAGGAAUGAUUUGCAGCAAUGAAGCAGAGCUUGUCUCGAUGGCCACUGUGCAAUUCUUAUCAUUCCUUGCAAAUUUGGUGGCAGCGAUAGCAAUAUGGAGGCUUCCAGGCCUAGAAGAAAACAAGUAUCAUCUUGUUGUCAGAACUCUGGUUGUCAGCGACCUCCUAAUCCCAAUCACAACGCUUCCAUUCUCCAUCAUCUCCUUUGCAACCUGUUCGUGGAUUGGAGGCCAGACUCUGUGCUCCGUAACUGCGUUCAUCUCCACCACGUUUCUAAGCUGGUCUUUUGUUAUCGUGUUUAUAAUGUGCCUGCUCCGUUUCCUGGCAGUUACAAGGCCUUUGUACUACAGAAACCAAGUUACAUAUGCGAGAGUGCGGAAGACUCUGAUAGUCGGUCUGUUAUGGCCUUGCGCUCACCUUAUUCUUCCUGCUACGGGCUUCGGAAAGUUUCGUUUGUACAGUAAAGGACUGUACUGUGCUCUCGAUUAUUCUACGGUUGUGGAAGGAAGCCUAGUCACUUUGGCUGUGUCGUAUUUCUGUGCCACUAUCUUGUGUUUUGUAAAGAGGAAGCGAAGAGUAAGCAGUUUGCUCUCCGAACAGCAGCGGCGAGGAGCUGGCAUCGAGAAAGUUGACAGGCAACAAGGAGGAUUUGCACGAUUAACUUUCGUGAUUGUUGUAUUGUUUUGUAUUUGUUACGUUCCAUUCUUGAUAAUUAUUUAUAAAGGGAAUGGUAAUCGAGUACGACAAAUCGAUAUCGAGCUCGGUUGCCCAGAAACAAAUAUUGAUCCCAAAGAUUUCCGCUUUCAGUUUCUAAAAACAAGCACUACAUCCAAUAAAGAAUUUACACUGCUCACUGGACUGAAAGACUUUACAGAGUAUUAUGUUUAUGUCGUGGUCAGAUUAGAUGAAUCAGCCUGGAGUGAAGCCAUGGGGCCAAAAAUUGUCAGGACAAAAGCAGGCUGUAUGUCUUUUUAA